GUUGACAUCCGCAUACUAGCGGCUAUCUAAUGGCUGAAAUAGACAUUGGGAAGCAUUGUCAGAUCGAUUCCUGCAGUCAGAACGAUUUCCUGCCAUUUGUCUGUGAGCUCUGCAGUGGUGUUUUCUGCCUUGAUCACAGAAGCAGAGAGGCCCAUUCAUGUUCAGUGGAGCCAGUGAAAAGGGUUUCCCAGAAUGUGGGAGGCAGCACAAGUUAUCCAUGCUCAUUUCAAGACUGCAAAGGGAAAGAACUGUUGCCGGUAAUAUGUCCGCAGUGUGAAAAACAUUUCUGUUUGGCCCAUCGUCACCAAGAUGAUCACAAGUGUGAGAAGCUGGAGGUCCAAAAGCCUCGAAUGGCAGCCACCAAAGAGCUGGUGCAAAAGAUUAUUGAAUCCAAGGACACAUCUAAAAGUAAAGGACGCAGAGGAGCAAAGAGCAGUGCAACUGCAGCCAAGGUAGCAUUAAUGAAACUGAAGCUGCAUGCUACAGGAGUCAAGGGGCUGCCACAGACAGAGAGAACCUAUUUUCAGGUUUAUCUUCCUAAAGAAUCCAAAGACUCCAGCCAACCCAUGUUCUUCUGUUCCAAAUGGAGUGUGGGGAAAGUGGUGGAUUAUGCAGCCUCUUUAGCGAGCCUCAAGAACAACAAUAAUAUACUGACAGCUAAGAAGCUGCGGUUAUGUCAUCCUCAGACAGGUGAGGCUCUGCAGAUGGACGACACUCUGCUCUUGCUGCUGGCUCACCAAGUAACUCCCCUGUACAAUGGGGGUAAUGUGAUCUUAGAGUACCUGGACAAUGAGUGCACAGGCCUGGACAAUGUUUCUGACUAUAUCAGUCAGACUUGACAAUAAAAUGUUAAAAUUCUGAAGUUGUGGUGAUCAAUUGCAUGUGUAACGUGACAGUUAAUAUAGUAUUACAUGGUUUUGUUAAGCAAGUAUUUUUUUUAUCAGAUGUGUAAGUAAGUGACAACACUAAUUAUCAGUCAAGGCUGUAUCUUUAGGGUAUGUAAAUACAUUAAAUUACGACCCAGGUGGGACUUGAACCCACAAUCCCCAGCUCCGGAGGCUGAUGCCUUAUCCAUUAGGCCACUGGGCCGACAAACAUUCGUAAAAGCAUGCUUUAAUAACCGUUUUAUCGAUGCCUAUUUAUUAUUGUGCGCAAUAUAGCAGUUUCCGCUAGUCUGCUAUUUACUUUAUGGAUGUCAUCUCUUCAGAUCAUCACACUGUGGUUGCAUGCUGUUUGAGCCUACACUAAGACUUCAUUGAAACCAGUCAGCACAUUUCGUGCAAUUUAGUUCAGUGCAGGCUGUUUUACGAUACAAUAAUAAAAGUGAGAGAUACAAUUUGACAACACAGGGCAAAGGCGAAAUAUAUGUGAUCUCAAAACCAAGACACAAAAAAAAUCUGAAUACUGGUGCGCAAAGACAAUAUUGGACCAUUUAAUCAUGAAGAAAAUAGAUCUAGAUCACGUCGAGGAAAUACAUAUUACGUGUUUUAUGCAGAGAUAGAGACUGGGAAUACAUGCAUGUAUACGUAUGCAUAAGUAUUCCAAUGCUUCCAAAUGACUGUUGCAAAUCCUAGACAGAUAGUGAACAAACAUAUCUUAAAUACAAGCAAAACAACCCUGAAUUUACUGUUGCUGCGUUGCGAUAAACAGUCAAGACAUUUGACACAGUUCUAGGCUGUGACCGAGCAAGAUUCAACCAAUCACA